GUCUGCGUUCGAGGCAAUUACACGAGGCGAGUAUCAGCGAGUAUGGCUUCUCGUUUUGACAGCUCGCGACGGAGUCACGAUGAAUAGGUUCGAGUACGCGGAUUCUCGGCUCAUGUCGAACGAGGUUUACGUGAGACGCGACACGGCCGUGCGUCUCUACGACGGCGACGUCAAGACGAACUUCGAAGGUGGUGAAUUAAUUCUAACUAGUCACAGGAUCCUUUGGGGCAGGCCCGGCGAUAUACCGCGAGGUAACACCUGCCUGUCGCUGCUGCUGCGAUGCGUCGUCUUCUUCGAGGAGGAGAAUCCCGGGCCGUUUUCGUUCGGGCGUAGCAAGAAGGUCGUGUUACACCUCUCGGAACCGCACGCCGACAAAAUGCCUGGCCCAGCGGACAACAGCGUGCACAAUUACGUGAAACUGUCAUUCAAGGAGGGCCUGGACUCCUUUUUCAUAACGCACUUGUCCGACACUAUCAUGAGACGAAUAUGGGAGUUUACUCCUGUCGGAUUAAUCGUUUCGAGCAACGACAAUCAGGGAAAUUCCAAGCUGUUGCCUCAGAUAAAGACGCGCACGGGCAUCAUCGGCAUCGAGAGGAGUCUGCAGGAGAAGCAGAAGGAGACCGAUGAGAGUAUAUCGUUGGCAUUUCAAGACCUCACGAAGCUCAUGGACAUGGCGAAGGACAUGGUGGCCAUCUCGAAGACGAUUUCCGCGAAAAUAAGGGCAAGGCAAGGGGACAUAACCGAGGACGAAACCGUCAGGUUUAAAGCUUACUUGAUGAGUCUAGGCAUCGACGAUCCGGUAACUAGGGACGCGUACAAGAGUAGCAACGAGUACUUUGAGCAGUUGGCGAAACAGCUUGCGAGUAUCCUGGAGGAACCGAUAAAGGAAGUGGGUGGCAUGAUGACUCUCACGGACGUUUACUGCCGCGUGAACAGAGCGAGAGGCCUGGAGCUGCUGUCUCCUGAAGAUCUGUUGCACGCCAGCCGGCGAUUGGCGCCCCUCGACCUGCCGAUUGUACUGAGAAGCUUCGAUAGCGGCGUUAUGGUCCUCCAGAUUCGCUCUCACGACGACUACGCCGUCGUCGAUCGCAUCACGGAACUGCUGAAGGAAAAGGGAUCGAUGACAGCUGAGGAUCUCGCUCAGUCUGAGGGUAUAUCGGUAUUACUGGCGCGCGAGAGAUUGCUAGUCACGGAGAAGCACGGCAAAGCCUGCAGGGACGACUCGAUAGAGGCGUUGAAGUUUUAUCCUAAUUUAUUUCUCGAUGAGAUGUCUAGCGAAUAACUUUUCAAGCUGCUGAGUACGAUAAUCACCCGUUUGCCAUAAUCAGGUUAAUGUUGACAAUUACGUGCAACACCAACACGCUUUUAUAUAUUUUUUAAGUCAGUCCUCGUACAUCCGAAAUAUUGAGCACAGAAAUUGAACCAUAAAUGUAAAAUACAAAUGAAAUUGAAUACUUAGCUUUAAGAGAAUAAUUAAUUCCUAAUAUCAAAGUGAAACUUUUCUAAUCACUCGAGUCUAUCAAGUAAAUUAUCUCUCUGUGUUAAAAUCUUAUAUAUAAAUACUAAAAGAAAAUGGUCUUGAUGUGACAUUGCAUAAUAAGAAAGUUUCAAACAAGUUGAAAAGCGUAUCAGAGUAUAUGCGAGAUUCAUAUUAUAUGAGAUAAGGGGCAAUAAAAUAAAUUUUGUAUAUACGGUAACGAUUUCUAACAUAAAUAACUUCUUGAAUAAUUAAAUUAAAAUUAAAUAAGCUAAAAAAGUGGAUUAAAACUAUGAAGAAUUGCUUAUUAUUGUUAACUAAAAAA